UUAGGUUUUAAAAAUGACUUUUAUAUAUAUUUUAUUUUUUUAUACGCUGGUGAACAUUGUGUAUACAAAUAAUGAAUAUGGAAGGCAAUCGAGGAUAGUUGCUCAAAAUGGACAUCUGAUAUUUUAUGCGGCAGAGCAUAAAAACAUCAGCUUUCAAACUGUAGGACGAGGUGGAAUUCACGUAAAUAGCGCAGACAUAUUAAAAUCAUCCAAAAUCACUAACAAAGUCUUAGAAUCCAUCAAAAAAUAUCAAAUAAGCGCACAAAGAUCACUUGCAAAAAUUUCUACAUUCGAACAACUCCUUGAUGAUGGCAUCUUGACAAAAAUAAAAACACUACAAGGGGGUGCAAACCUGACAUCCGCAUCUAAUCAGUUUCCGCAGGAUGCAGUUAAUUCCGCUUCACAGGCUUUAUUUACAGCUACAGUAACUAAUUUUAAAUUGUAGUUCGUAGUGCGAAGAAUUAGGACAUUAACCAGAAAAGUAAACAACUUGCAAAAGACGAUACGACUUUUUACUCUUCUACUGACAACGGAUGAAUGUUCUAGUAAUCCUUGUAAAAAUGGGGCAGCUUGCCAAGAUUUAUAUAACGAUUACUUUUGCCAAUGUCCUGAUGAAUGGGAGGGGCCGCUUUGUAAUAAAGAUGUUGAUGAGUGUGCUAGAUUUGCUGGUACCGAUUUAGGUUGCCAGAAUGUAGCCACUUGCAUAAAUCGUCCAGGAACUUACGAGUGUAUUUGCGCCCACGGAUGGUUCGGUAUUCAUUGUACCAGAAGGUCAAAUGACUGUAAAUCAGGAUCUAACGCAGAGCUCUGUGGACAUGGAACAUGCGUAACUCAGUACAACGAUGUUGGUUAUAAGUGCAUUUGCGACCAAGGUUGGACAAACGAUGGUAAGACACCCGCUUACAACACGGACGUCAAUGAGUGUGCAAUGAAAAAAGCUCCAUGUUCAGUCGACCCACCAGUACCCUGUGUAAAUCUACCUGGAACAUUCCGCUGUGGAAACUGUCCUCAAGGUUAUAGCGGAAAUGGGUACUACUGUAUCGACGUCGACGAAUGUGCAACUUCAAAUGGUGGAUGUAGUACAAAUCCGGUGGUACAGUGCAUCAAUACUCUUGGUUCCAGAAUUUGUGGGAAUUGUCCUGCGGGAUAUACGGGCAAUGGUGUCAUCUGCUCCUAUCAAGGAGUAUGCAGUGUAAACAAUGGUGGCUGUCAUAGUUUAGCUACUUGUCGAAAUAACCCAAGAAUUAGUUCAACCUUCGUCGUGUGUGUUUGUCCAGCUGGUUACGUUGGAAAUGGUAUUGGUCUCAACGGAUGCGUGCGCUCGCUACUACCCGGCCAAGGCCCCUGCUAUCCAAAUCCUUGCAGACAUGGAAGGUGUAGACUUAAUGGGACUAGUGAUUACGUAUGUGAAUGUUACAGCAGGUAUACGGGAAGAAAUUGUGAUUCAUUUAGAGAUUUAUGUGCCACUAAUCCUUGUCAAAAUGGUGGUACUUGUAGAUCGAUUGUUGGUAUUACAUACAGAUGUAUUUGUCCGUCAUCUUACACUGGAUCUAGAUGUGAAACGGAGAGGCAAGCUUGUGGUGGUCAGCUAGCUUCGGAAAACGGUACGUUGGCUUUCCCUUCAGUUCAAUUCGAGACAUAUGGGCAUGCGUUAAGUUGCGCGUGGACUAUUGAAACUAACAUAAUUAAGGUACUGAACAUUACUUUUUCAAGCUUCAGUGUGGAAGCAUCUCCUGCGUGUAGAUACGACUGGCUACGAAUUCACGAUGGAAAAAACACAUUGUCACGCUCUAUAGGUCGUUUUUGUGGACACAGUUUACCAAACGGUGGUACAAUUAUUAUCAGUACACAUAAUGUAGUUCAUCUAUGGUUCAGGUCAGAUCAUUCUGUGGCGUCUCGAGGUUUCCACUUGACUUGGACUUCUUUACUACCAUAUUGCGGUGCAGAGUUAAAACAAAUCACAUCUCAGGGUAACAUUCACUCACCCGGUUCCCCUGGAAAUUAUCCCAACAAUAGAGAUUGUUACUGGCCUUUAAAAGCUCCAGCCGGGAAACGUCUACUGUUCCACUUUUUCUCAUUAAUGAUUGGUAACAGUUCCACCUGUGACAACGACUAUCUAGAAUUUAUUUCAGGAACCGAAUAUAGCGAUCCAGUUUUUGCAAAAUUCUGCAACACUACACACCCGACUCCGUUGUUUUCGCCAGGAGCUGAAGUGCUGGUGCAUUUUCAUACGGAUGCAAGUCGUACUUACCCAGGAUUUCAAAUAACAUAUUCGGUGGUAGAAGGAAUGCCAGGUUGUGGUGGCGUUUAUACCAGAUACCAAGACGAAAUUCGUUCGCCAUCUUUGAACGCAAAUUAUCCGAACGAUAUUCAGUGUGAAUACACAAUUCAACUGUCGGAAAAGUCACGUAUAAAGCUUACGUUUAUGUCGUUGGAGUUCGAAAACACGAAAGGAUGUCAGUUUGAUUAUGUUGCUAUUUAUGCUGGUGGUACUGUUGAUGCUCCUCUGAUCGGGAAAUAUUGUGAAACAGACGUACCUGCACCUUACACUACAGAUAAUAAUGUUUUGCUAAUUGUUUUUAAAACUAACUGGGCCGCAACUAGUUCUGGAUUUGUAAUCAAAUACGAAACAGUAUGUGGUGGUAAGUUUACUGCACCUUCUGGAGUUAUCUCGUCUCCCGGCUAUCCAAACGAUCAUGACCAUUUCUUACAAUGCAUAUAUGAAAUAAUACAACCUCUUGGACAGAUCAUUAAGCUAAAAAUUCAAGACUUAGAUUUCAAAAGCAAUUCGUAUCCAAAGUGCACGUACAACUAUCUAGAGGUUAGAGACGGACAUGACGCGAAUUCAUCUCUGGUGGGAACAUAUUGCGAAGAGGUUCCACCACUUAUUGUUUCAAGUUAUAAUUACUUAUGGUUAAAAUUCGAAUCAGAUUCUAACAAUAAUGGUCGAGGAUUUAAAGCUAAUUAUACAACUUCCAAUUUGGGAUGCGGAGGAAUUCUAAAGGAAAAAACUGGCACCUUCUCCACACCAAGUUACCCAGAUCUCUAUCCAGGAGAUCAAACCUGCAAAUGGAUUAUCGCAGCUCCCCCGGAAAAUAUAAUUCAGUUAAUUUGGAUGAAUUUUCAACUUGAGACAAGUUACGGAUGUGUGGGCGACUACGUAGAAAUCUUCGACAACAAUAUAGAAACCGGACAAGGCUCUUCCAUUGGAAAGUUCUGCGGUCAAACGAUUCCAGCGACAAUGCUUAGCACCUCCAACUUGGUCACGGUCAACUUUCAUUCAGACCCAACACAACAUCUGAGUGGUUUCCUAGCAACAUACAGUACUAUUUUGGAAGCUAAUGUAUGUGGGGGAAAUUACUUUACGGAUGCUGGAACAUUGAAAUCCCCUGGGUAUCCACAAAACUACCCUUUGAAUGUGGAAUGCACAUGGACCAUACAAGUUAAACCCGGCCAUCAAAUUCUAUUGAACGUAAUCGAUUUUAGCAUAGAAAGCUAUUCUCUUUGUCGAUACGACUGGCUAGAGAUAAGAAAUGGUGGCAGUGUUGCUUCUCCUCUGUUAGGAAAAUUCUGUGGAACAAAUAUUACAAAGUCAAUUCCAUCUCAUGCUAAUAAAAUUUACGUCAGCUUUCACUCAGACAUGACGAGAUCAGAACGUGGAUUUAAAAUCAAAUGGGAAGCUACAGCAACGGGCUGCGGUGGGUCACUGAGCAGUCCAAGGGGUUCCAUAAUUUCUCCAAACUACCCGGAACCAUAUUCAGUCGCUACAGACUGUACAUGGAGAAUUGCUGUUAGUGCUGGUUCUUUAAUUCAGGUCGUCUUUUCCGAGUUAGAUUUAGAAGAACAUUCGAAAUGUCAGCUGGAUUACGUUGAGAUUCUCGACGGUCCAUCUUUAAAUUCUAAAUCGUUGGGACGAUUUUGUACGUCGCAUCCAUCGUUUAUUCGAUCUACUGGCAACAGUCUUACGGUGAGAUUCAGAUCGGAUUUAAGUCAAAACGGUAGAGGGUUCCAACUUCAGUAUACAACAAUGUGUAAUAAUACACUGAAAGGCUUCCGAGGCGUUAUAGAAAGUCCAAACUUCCCAAAUAGCUAUCCAGGUUCUAUCAACUGUAACUGGGAAAUCGAAGUUGCUGAAAGAAAUAAUAUCAACAUAUCUUUCUCUCAUUUUAAUUUAGGAAGAAUUGACUCAAAUUACGCCGGCCCCGCCGAGUCUGCCAAUAAAUGCAUUUAUGAUUAUGUAGAAAUACUCUAUAUUGAACCUGUUCAAGAAGGGGAAGGUCCCUUCCAAAAGUAUGGAGUGUACUGCGGCAAUAACAACCCUCCACUAAUUACUUUGAAAUCCAGUCGCGCUAAAAUUCAUUUCGUUUCUGAUAAUUUAAUAGGAGGCAGUGGUUUUCGAUUAGAAUGGCAAAUUGAAGGUUGUGGUGACAUUCUAACUCAACCCAAUGGGACAAUCACCUCUCCAAAUUAUCCCAACGCUUACCCACCUUCAGUUGAAUGUAACUGGAACAUUCAAGUUGAUUUUGGGCAACACAUAGAGAUCACGUUUGAUAAGAUAGAACUUGAAAAAACUUACAUAUGUCAUUUGGAUUACAUUAAUCUAUAUAACGGUGAAGACGAUACUUAUCCCAUAAUCGCUAGCAUUUGUCACCAAGAUAAACCGAUAACUUUAAGAAGCUCGGGCAAUAUGAUGUAUGUUAAGUUUAAAGCUGAUCCGUCAGUUCAAGGAGUAGGAUUCAUUGCUAACUAUACUACAAAAUCUACAAGAUGUGGAGGAAAAUAUGUUGCCGACAAAGCAACUAUUAUGUCUCCAAAUUAUCCUCAAAAUUACGAAGUUAACGAUACAUGCAGCUACCAGAUUGAAAUCGGAGAAGGACACAUGAUUUCGCUGAAGUUCGAAGAUUUCGAUCUAUUUACACCAGAUGGUGUCAACUGUGAAUCAAACAAUAACAGUUACGUGGAGGUCUACGAUGGUCCCACAAUAGAGUACCCUGUGCUAGCCAAAGUUUGUGGUAAAGAUGCUCCUAAUCGAACUAUUACUUCGACUACAAAUAAAAUGUAUAUGGAAAUGGUGACACAAACGGAUGUUGUAGCUAAAGGUUUCCUAGCAAAAUAUAAAAGGACAUGUGGUGCUCGAAUUGAAACUGAUGGUACUGGAUACAUACGACUAACCCCCCACGAUUUAGAUUACGAAGAAUUUAAUUGCUCGUGGACUAUCGUAUCUAAAGAUCCGAGCAAACACGUUUCUUUAACCAUUACUCAUUUAGACACAAUGAGAAAUUAUUGCGAUGAAGGUUUCAGUGCUCUAAAAAUCUACAACGGUGCUUCUUCCGAUGCCCCCUCAUUGGGCAGUUACUGUGGAACGAAGAGUCCACCCACUUUAACAACUGACGGUUCGGCAAUGCACAUAGAUAUAGAAUACAACUCAUUAUUGUUUGCAACUUACUCCAUUUUCGAUAAUCAUUGUGGAGGCACUCUAACAUCAGUUGAAGGUACUUUUGCGUCUCCCGGUUAUCCAAAAAAAUAUUCUAUAGAAACAGAAUGCGAAUGGACAAUUGAUAUUCCCGAAGGAAACCACCUAUCGGUGACUUUUACAUAUGAAUUAUUAGAGUCCGAACACUGUAAUACCGACUACUUGGAAGUAAGACAAAGUAAUGGAACUGGUAAAGUUCUGGGAACAUAUUGUGGUGAUGAUCUACCGUUAAAUAUCACUAAUAUGGGUAGUUUAUGGUUUUUCCUAAAAACCAGCCUUAUGGACGGCGAUUUAUCAGCUAUCACCGCUAAAGGAUUCCAAGCAGAAUAUAUUCUAAACCGUGAAAAUGAUCUAACUGAUUCCGGAAGAGUAGUGUCACCAUUGUAUAACCAAGGCCAUCCACUCUAUGGUGAUUACUCUUGGAGGAUAACCGUAAACUACGGAAAACGCAUUCUACUAACUUUUAAAGAAAUACAUUUAGACAGCGGUGAGAGUAUGUAUUUCUCCGCGAUCACGAUUUACGAUGGCUCCAGCGAUACUGACGCUCUUAUAAAUGAGUAUUGUGGGACGUCGCUACCAAAAGAUUUUAAAUCCACUUCCAAUAUUUUGUUCAUCAAGUUUAGGGGUUACAGCACGACCCGGUCCAUAAUUAGAUUCAUUCUAGAAUGGUUGGCAAUCGAUGGAAGUACUCGAGAAAUCAAUAAGACCCCUACUGGCUGUGGCACGAGCGAACCCGUAAAUAUAAAUGCUUUGAAAAAUUAUACCAAAAUUACAUCUUCUGGAUAUCCUAACGGGUACGGAAAAGAUCUAAAUUGUGAAUGGAUAUUCACUACGAUUCCGAUGAAUCGAAUAGCUAUUUAUUUCACGGAUAUGGAUUUACCACCUCCUUACGGCUCUUCCUGUUACGGAGAUUACGUUGAAGUCUUGGAAAAGAAAAAUGAGGACUGGGAGAGUGUUAUAAAAACUUGUCACGAAAACGUGACCUUUAGUUAUUUCAUCUAUGCUUUAAACAUGAUGAAGGUAACUUUUAAAACGGACGACUAUCAAAAUCGUACUGGAUUUGCGGCCUUUAUAGGAGAAACAUGUGGUGGUAAUUUGACGGAACCUACGAGUUACAUCGUAUAUGACAACAAUAUAAGGGCGGGUUUUCUUCCAAGACACUCUAGCAUAUGUCAAUGGAAUAUCACGGUUGGUGCUGGAAAAACAAUAGAGCUAGAAUUCUUACAGUUCGAUAUAGUACACGACGAAAUAGGCUGUAAUAACUAUCUAAUAAUACGUAAUGGUAUCUUUCCGGAUUCUCCGAUUUUAGGAGAUGGUAACUGCGGUGAUCAAGUUCCCUCGAGACUUAAUACCACUGGCAAUAAUGCGUACAUUAAAUACGAAGGACCGCCUUCCGCAGCCAAUUUCAAAAUACGCUACCGAGAAGUUUCCUACGCAUGCGGUGGAGAAAUAACAUUAAACCAGUUCGAAAAUGUUACUGAAAUUAACUCACCUAAUUACCCUCAAAUACCUCCUCCGCAUGUUGAAUGUAUUUGGAGAAUCACUGCUCCUCCUGGCGAAAUCAUCCGAAUUGAUUUUCCAUACAGAUUUGACGUGGCCAAUGACAAAAAAUGUAAUAAAGAGUAUGUGGAAGUACGGGAUGGUGCAACGAUAUAUUCGAAGUUAAUCGGAAAAUUCUGCGGCGAAAGACCAAAUUCACGAUUCACAUCUGACAACAUGAUGUUUGUAAAAUUCUUCACUCAGUUAACCCAUCCGAGCAAUGGUUUUAAGGCGAAAUUAACUCUCGCCAACUGUGGCGGAACCAUCCACAGUAAAAUGGGUCAAAUUCGGUCACUCUUCUUCAACAAUCCUUCUAAGUAUCCCAUCCGUGCAACCUGCACUUGGCACUUAAUGGGACCACCUGGUCAUAGUAUGAACAUAAAGUUCAAUAAAAUCGAUUUAGAAGAAAGUUUCGAAUGUACAAUUGACCAUGUGUGGCUUUAUGAAGAAAAUCAUGUGGACAACACGAGUAUGUUUAAAAGCUGGUACCCUAUAAAGAUGUAUCAUAUGGGAAAAUUUUAGAAAACACUCUCUGUAAAUUCUGCGGGAAAAAAAAUUCCGAAUGAAGUAAACUCAGCUGGAAACGAAGUAUUCGUUAAUUUCGUAACCAACGAAGCAAAAAAAGAUUUAAGCGGUUUCUCGUUAAACUUUAAUUCCAGCCAGGAAGUUUGUGGUGGUACCAUUGAAGCCACAGAAGGUACAAUUCAAUCUCCAGGUUAUCCAGUAUCCCAUGAAGGCCCAAGAAGAUGUACUUGGUACAUCAAAGUACCACGUGGCCGACGCGUAACUGUAAACAUAGAGGACUUCGACUUAGACAAUAGAUUCAUAAGUCCGUCGGUAAAUGAAUUGGCAUUUUAUAAUGAAAACGAUUUCCAAGGUUUCCUUAAAAAAAUUUCUUCGAAUAACGAGAAAACGGUCGACUCUUCGGAAAAUCACAUGUUUAUUUACUACGGGUCUCCGGGGAAAACUGGACGUGGAUUUAAAUUAAAGUUCUCUUCCAAUGAACCGACGAGCUGCCAAGGUGAUUUAAAUGAUGAUAGUGGUACUAUCACUCAGCCAAAUAUUCCAUACCCUUAUUUUUGUACUUACAUUCGAAAUCAACAGUCCCAAGGAAAAACUGUUGCGAUGACUAUUACCACUACUACGAAUAAGACUAAUCCGAGUGGUAAAAUUACUUGCUUCCAAUAUCUAGCCGCAAUUAAAGUGGAGUCAGAAGACGCCAAAACACCUAUCCAAACAAUACAGUGGAUUCCUAGUACAACAGUAAUCCGAUCUCCCUAUUCAAACUUAAAACUAACAUUCAUGCAAACUAAUAGUGGAAGUGUUGUCAAUUAUACAAUGUCUUAUAACACGUAUCAAUGUGGUGGAGUCAUAAAUGGUGAAAUAGGGGCUAUCAGAAGUCCUGGUUACCCAAACAAGUACUCAUCAUCGAUUGAAUGUGCUUGGUUGUUAAAAUUACCAGAAGAACUUCUUUUAACAUUUGAGAACCUCGAUUUAGGAGAUAAUUGCGCAAAGAGCUACUUGGAUAUAUACAACGGGGAUUCGCCGAACAGUCCGAAGAUUGAUAGAUACUGCCAGAGUAACAAACCUGAGCGCAUAAGAUCGGAAUUUAAUAUUUUAUGGAUUGAAUAUAAAUAUGACCUAGAGUCAAACGGAAAAAGUUCUAGUUUAAAAUACGAACCAAGAAUACAAGGAUGCGGUGGUUUGUUCCGUAGCCAAAGUCGGAUAAUCCAAACUCCCUCUUUCCCUGAUGAUUACCCUAACAAUGCAGAGUGUCUAUGGGAACUUAGGAGUGAUGCAGGGUACCACAUUGGACUUACGUUUAUCACUAGAUUCCAAAUCGAACAAAGCGACAACUGCAAAAACGAUUUCGUUCAAAUAUGGGAUUGGAGAAAUGAUGAGUGGUUUUCAUUCAAAUAAGUCACCCCGUAGUAUUAGGAUAGGAUUAAUUACCAAAGGUAUCAAUGGCUACGAAGAAUCAAAAGAAUUAAGUAAAGUAUAUAAUUACUCCAGAGCACCAGCAAUAUUGCCAUACACCUCGGGACAAUGAAGACCUUCUAGAUCGAUCGAUAACACAGAACUAUGUUGAAAAAUUUCUCGGCGACACGAAAAAUUUCACCGCGUAAUCAGGUUGUUUGCCAAGGUGCACUUUCGAAAACUGGCCAUUUCGCAGUGUAUCAUGAUUGAACCCUUGGACGAGAAGUUCGACAACGUUUUAACAACUCACUUAGCAUGCAAUAAUUAAGAAAAUGUCCCGAUGCGAAUGACAAAUACUACUGGAAAGUAACUAACAUCCGAAAGAAGGAAAAAUCAGAGAAAAAUGUUGCAGAAUAGAAGUUUAUUAGAAGUGAAUUAGAAAACAAAAAGAAAAUUAAGUUGAAGAAAGUUAAUUGAUUAGUGUAAAAUGAGUAGUAAUAAAAUAGUAUAUAACAAAUUGAAAUAAAGUGAGUUAGUUUACAGUGAAUUGGAAUAAAGUGAAACACAAAGAAGUUAAUCAUAAUCAAGUGAAUUAGCAGAAAGUAGAUUUGAAUAAAGUGAAUUAGUGUAAAGUGAAAAUUAAAUUAAAAUUACAGCGAUUUGAAUAAAGUGAAUCACUAUGAAACAAAUAUCAUCAGAAGUGAACUAUUAACAACCCGAAAUUAUCAGCUGCUUGAAAAUUUAAAAUUGGAAUCGUGCAAAAAAAAAAAAGUCAACCGUCUACUUAAUACAGAAAAUGUUCCGCUGUAGAAAGAAAUAGUACUUAACAAGAAAUACAAGCCUUCUUGGACAACGAUUUCAUCGAAGAAAUCCAGACAUCACAGCUAGCAACAGCCAAAAAAAAGAAGGAGCAGAUCAAGCUGAAAUGAAGACCUAUUAGACGACAAGGAUGACGAAAAAGAAAAAGUAACUUCACAACCACACCCUUACCGUACAAAAAGCAAAGGCAGAUUCCAAAAAGACCCUUGGGUACUACGUAAACGAACAUAACCCAAUAUACAUAUACCAUUAGAGAUAGAUAAGCACCUAGACCAUAAGAAUUUAAGAAACAACAUUACAGAUAGGAUUAGUUACGGAUAACUAGAUGAACCAGAGGAGAAGUACUAAGAGUGCACAUUAAUUACAAAUAUCUCAAGAUAACACCGUCCUAACAUAGAUCGCUCUAAUCAGACCAGCCGCAUCCCUAAUCGUCUACGAUUGUCAGAACCCAUCAACAAACAUCAUGAUGAUAUCGCUAAAUGAUGUAUCCGAAUGUCCAGAACCAGAAUGUUGAUACCUUAUGACACUCCGACAAGUUUAGAUCAUACGGAAAAAACCAUUCGAGAAAAUACAUGGGUAAACAUGCCCCGUUGAAGUGACGCGUCCAUACCAACAAUAAAGCCAAAUUGAUAUUCACUCCCAAUCAGAACCUGGGAGCUGGAAACAUUUAUCCGGCUCAAGAAAUCAGAACGACACAAGACGCUAUGCUAUUCAAACAUGAACGAAAAGCCAUAAAUAACAUACUCAUGCAUAAAACGAUGGGUCAAGGAAUAGACAAUCAGGACGUUUCAAUGCUACACAUAUUUAGCGCUGAAUAAAUAGAAAAACUAGCAGAAACCACAAUAGAAAGGAUGUGGGACAGGUUCAAAUGGAUAGGUUCCCGAACAAGGGACAUUUUGGGAAUAUACUCUAUUAUUCGCUUUAUUAAAACACUAACCGAUAUAAUUAUAAACGCGAUAGCUAUUCAAAACUAACACGGAUGAGCAAUUAAAAUUUUGACUAGUUUUUGGCGACACUAACAAUGUGGUUACUCCAUCGUAAACACAAGAAAGAGGUAUUCCGAAUAUGCAAAAAGUCACAGAACGUAAUGAUACACCUAGCGAUAAUAACCCGCUCAAUCCGGGAUACUUCCCAACAGCUCCCAACUUAGCUUAUCCGUACUCCGAAAACUUUACUGUAAAACCGGAAGAACCAUAUUUUUCAAAAGUAUCGGAAAAACCUCUAGUAGAUACAAGACCUGACGCGAAUCCGGAGAAAAAAGAAAUUAACCAAAUCUCAUACUAUCACAUAUGUGCACUUUAAGCAAGCGGUAGACGAUCUAAAAGAACCCCGAAAUCAUACCUGGUUCUAACUGUUCACCUAAACUAAUAAAAAAAAAAUAAUAAUAAUAAAUAAAUAAAAUAAAACAAUAAUAAUGCAUGCCUAGUACUAAGAAUAUAAUCUCAUACGUUCCAUUUAAAUAUCCUUAGAUCAUAAGAGUAGAGUAAAAUUGUAAGAGAGCAAGAUAAAAAAAGUUUGACCGUAGGUAGUCCGACACAAGAAGGAGAUUCAGCGUAAAUCCUAGAAAUUAGACGAUAC